UUGACCAACUGUAUCGUCUUCGGUCCGAUGUAAACAACACAGUUGACGUUUCUGUUACACAAUUUGGUCGAUCUCGGUUUUGUGCAGAGGUAUGUUUUGAUACUCGAAAAAAGUAAUGUCCAGCUGGAGGACUGUUGGUAUCCGUUCGCCAAUAUUUACCAGUGGAAAGGUACUGCGAACCACACCACAACAAUGGACCAUCAAUCGUCAGCAAAACCGCCAAAAUCAGUCGCAAACGCGACAUGCUCUGCUGGAUUUGCGGCGCAAGGCAAUACCAGUUGAUAGGCAGCGGCAGGUACUGUACGAGCUGGUGGAAAAGUUCGAAAAGUUCCCGCAGGAGAAAGCGUUCGCGAUCGAGGAGGGUGCCAUCGAGCUGCUGAAGGAACUGGAACACUCGACCGAUCCCGCAAUAACGCAACAUGCAAAGCUCGGUCUGGCGCUGCUUGGCUACGUACCAGCGCUUCCGAGCGAAGGAAUUCGCAUCUUGAGCAUCGAUGGAGGUGGCAUCCGGGGUAUCAUCGUUAUGGAACUGCUGCGUAAACUGGAACGCCUUACGAACCGCAGGAUAUUCGAUCUGUUCGAUCUGGUGUGUGGCGUUUCGACCGGAGCCAUUUUGGUGUGCGCAUUGGCCUCUGAAAAAGGGCUCACGCUAGCGGAAGGUAUCCAUCUGUACAAAAAGAUAGCCUACAAGAUCUUCCAUCGUCCCUCGACGCUGGACAAGCUAUCGGGCGCUUCACGCUUGUUUUCGUCGCACGCGUACUACGACAUCGAGCUGUGGGAGUCACUGCUCAAGCGACAUGUCGGGUACCGUCGUAUCAUCGACACGGUGAUGCUUCCAAACGUGCCGAAGUUCUGCUGUGUUUCGACUACCGUGUGCGAUGAGCAGAUCGAUGCGCACGUAUUCCGCAACUACACGAUGCCCCAGAACGUACAGUCCGUGUACGCCGGCUCACACACGGCACGGCUGUGGGAAGUGGUACGAGCUUCAUCGGCGGCGCCCGCCUACUUCGGAGAUUUCCCACUGAACGGGCAGCUCCAUCAGGAUGGUGGCAUCCUGUACAACAAUCCCACGACCGUGGCCAUCCACGAAGCCAAAUGUUUGUGGCCAAACGAACGGAUCCAGUGUGUGGUAUCGUUCGGUACGGGGCGAACCCGGGGCAAAUCGAACGAUGGCCAAAAAAUCAUUAGCCGCAAAUUACUCGACCAAGCCGCCCUGUCCAGCUCGUGGAAGACAAAGUUCUUGCGCAUUCUCGAUUCGGCCACGGACACCGAGGCAGCGCACACUGUGCUGAGCGACCUGUUGCCACCGGGCCACUACUUUCGCUUCAAUCCGUAUCUGACGGAGUUCCUGUCGAUGGUGGAAGUGCGGCCGGAGAAGAUCGCCCAGCUGGAGAAGGAUACGGCCAUGUACUAUGCACGCAAUGAGGACAAGUUCGAGCAGGUGGCCGAUCUGCUGACACGCAAAAGAUCAAUCGCACGCAAAGCGUACGAUGUGGCGCGACAUGUUUUCUAUCGUUAGGGGAAAAAAAGGCAUGUCGCGCGUAAAGAGGUUUUGUUCUGCUAAUUCCAAAGAUUAUUUAGUAUUCCAAGCUAGAGGACGAAAGCUCUACGUCUCGCUAUCAACACCUUACGAUAUUUGCUCUGUUUUGAAUCUGGUUUUCAUGGACCGGAAGCUGUAUUAACAGUCGUGCCUCACGCGUAGGUGAACAAUUCAGGUUUUAUUUCGGUAUUAUUCACGGUUUAGUAUUGCAAGCCUUAAGUUUGUGUUUUACGUGUUAAGUAGCUUCGCUACCGGUUUGUUUAACGACUUUACUAUGAAUUGUGUGAAUGUGUACAUGUUUGUGUGUAUAUGAUUCUGUUGAAAGUCUCAAAUAAAGGUUUUUGAACGCUUAGUGACCCUUGAACCGAGAAGAUGAUUGUAAAAGCACCAAUCACCUAGGGGUUUAAGCAAGAAAUAUAGCUAUUUCAUCUAUUUAACCAA